CCCAAUCCCCCUUCCCGCCAGCUGGGCCCGUUCGUUACUCGAAGCCUCCGUCCGUCCGUCCAUCGCCAGUCCCUCGUUUCCACCUGCACUCUCUCUGCCUUCUCGCACGCACCCAUCGCCCGCGGCGACCACCACUCGCCCACCCCUCGAAGCGAUCACACUCGCCCGGUGCGGCUUCGAAUCGAGCCUCCUGCCUCGACGGGUCAGGUUGCUGCACUCCCCGCCUCGCUGUCCCGCGUCGUCGACGACACGUUUUGCCCCCCCCCCCCCCGUCGCCGUUCCAACCAACACACGCUCUGCCCACGAGGCGCCGCUCCGACGGCAAAAAAGUUGCGGCCUCUCGCCUCGGUUCAAGAGCACCACCGCAACCUGGCUGGCGACUUGGGGUUGAACGGGCGCUAGCCCGCGACUUUCUCUCCCUCUUCCCAUCACCAUGGCCACCUCGACCGCCACCGAUCCCGGCACCGAGGCCGAUGUGCACAAGGUACAGACGCAGCGGGCGCGAUGGGCCACCCGCAAGAUGACGGUCAAGAGCGGCCGUACAAAGCGCAUGUCUCUCUUGAACCGCAUGCAGCACCGCAGGACCGCCUCCAAUGAGAAGAACCACCCGUCCGGAGACGACGCCAACGAGCCGCCGUUUGGUGGUGGCGGCCACAACCCUGAUGACGGGGACCAUCACGAUGGCGGCGGCUCCGACUCGGACGACGACGACGGAGAUGCCCAGAGCCGCACGCUCUACUUCAAUCUUCCCCUCCCCGACGACAUGCUCGAGGAGGGUCAUCCUUUAUACUCGUAUCCGCGGAACAAGAUCAGGACGGCAAAAUACACACCACUGUCCUUUGUGCCUAAGAACUUGUGGUUUCAGUUCCACAAUGUGGCCAAUAUCUUUUUCCUGUUCCUCGUCAUCCUGGUCAUUUUCCCCAUAUUUGGUGGCGUGAACCCGGGCCUCAAUGCCGUGCCCCUGAUCUUCAUCAUCGUUGUGACGGCCAUCAAGGACGCCAUCGAGGACUACCGGAGAACGAUCCUCGACAUUGAGCUCAACAACGCCCCGGUCCAUCGCCUUCACAAUUGGAACAAUGUCAACGUCGAGACGGACAACGUCUCCGACUGGCGCAAGUUCAAAAAGGCCACCUCCCAGUUCUUUGGCGGCAUCUGGCACGCCAUUGAGAGCCUCUGGUCCAAGAAGGCGAGGACGGCCAGGCAGGAGCGCAAGAUGCGCAAGCUGCAUCCCCCGGAGGAAAGCGAGGGCCGCCCGUCGAUCGAAACGAUCCGCACCAGGCGCUCGGUGCGCGAGUCGCUCUCGUCGCCCUUCACCAACCGCGACUCGUACGUGUCUGCCCGCGAGAACAUUCAGAUGACGCCCGUGCCGUCUCCGACGCCCGGCAAUGGCGCCAUCCGCAUCGAGCUGCCCGACGCCCAGGACGCCAAGCGCGCGGCCGCCCUGCAGGACAUGAAGUCGGAUGUCAUCAACUAUCUGCACGCGCCGCAGGGGGCCAAGUUCAAAAAGGACGCCUGGAAGAACAUUGUGGUGGGCGAUUUUGUCCGCAUCUACAACGAUGACGAGCUGCCGGCCGAUGUCAUCAUCCUUGCCACGUCGGACCCGGACGGCGCCUGCUACGUGGAGACCAAGAACCUGGACGGCGAGACCAACCUCAAGGUCCGCCAGGCUCUCCGAUGCGGCAGGAAGCUCAGACACGCGCGCGACUGCGAGAGGGCUGAGUUCGUCAUCGAGAGCGAGCCCCCGCAGCCGAACCUCUACAAGUACAACGGCGCCAUUCGAUGGCAGCAGCUGGUGCCCGGCUUCCAGGACGACGACCCCGAGGACAUGACGGAGCCCAUCACCAUCGACAACCUGCUCCUGCGAGGAUGCAACCUGCGAAACACCGAGUGGGUCCUGGGAGUGGUCGUGUACACGGGCCACGACACCAAGAUCAUGAUGAACGCCGGCAUCACGCCCAGCAAGCGGUCUAGGAUUGCCCGCGAGAUGAACUUCAACGUCAUUUGCAACUUUGGCAUCCUCCUCAUCAUGUGUCUGCUGGCGGCGAUUGUCAACGGAGUGGCCUGGGCGAAGACGGACGCCUCGUUGGCCUUUUUCGAAUUUGGGUCAAUUGGUGGCACCGCCCCUAUGAGCGGCUUCAUCACCUUUUGGGCCGCCAUCAUUGUCUUCCAGAACUUGGUUCCCAUCUCCCUGUACAUUACCCUCGAGAUUGUUCGCACGCUCCAGGCCAUCUUCAUCUUCAGCGACGUGGAGAUGUACUACGAGAAGAUUGACCAGCCGUGCAUCCCCAAGUCGUGGAACAUUUCCGACGACGUGGGCCAGAUUGAGUACAUCUUUUCCGACAAGACGGGCACGCUCACCCAGAAUGUCAUGGAGUUCAAGAAGGCGACCAUCAACGGCCAGCCGUACGGCGAGGCCUACACGGAAGCGCAGGCCGGCAUGCAGAAGCGGCUGGGCGUCGACGUCGAAAGGGAGGGCCAGCGGAUCCACGCCGAGAUUGCCGCGGCCAAGGUCAAGGCACUCGCGGGACUCCGCAGCAUCAACGAAAACCCGUACCUCCACGACGAGGACGUCACCUUCAUCGCCCCGGAUUUCGUGUCGGACAUGGCAGGCGAGUCGGGGCCGGAGCAGAAGGCGGCCAACGAGGACUUUAUGCUGGCCCUGGCCCUGUGCCACACGGUCAUUGCCGAGAGGGACCCCGGCGACCCGCCCAAAAUGGUCUUCAAGGCCCAGUCGCCCGACGAGGAGGCCCUCGUCGCCACGGCGCGCGACAUGGGCUUCGUGGUCCUGGGCAACUCGAGCGACGCCAUCAACCUCAGCAUCCACGGCGAGGAGCGGCACUACCCGCUCCUCAACACCAUCGAGUUCAACUCGAGCAGGAAGAGGAUGAGCUCCAUUGUGCGCAUGCCCGACGGGCGCAUCAUCCUGUACUGCAAGGGCGCCGACUCGGUCAUCUACGCGCGGCUGAAACGCGGCGAGCAGCCGCAGCUGAGGCGGGACACGGCCGAGCACCUGGAGAUGUUCGCCAGGGAAGGCCUGCGGACGCUCUGCAUCGCCAAGAAGGAGCUGACGGAGCAGCAGUACCGAGAGUGGAAGAAGGAGCACGACGACGCCGCCGCCGCCCUCGAGAACCGCGAGGAGAAGCUCGAGGCGGUCGCCGAGCUCAUCGAGCAGGACCUCUGGCUGCUGGGCGGCACCGCCAUCGAGGAUCGCCUCCAGGACGGCGUGCCCGACACCAUCGCCCUGCUCGGCCAGGCCGGCAUCAAGCUCUGGGUCCUGACGGGCGACAAGGUGGAGACGGCCAUCAACAUCGGCUUCUCGUGCAACCUGCUCAACAACGACAUGGAGCUGGUGCACAUGAAGGUGGACGAGGACGAGACGGGCGAGACGAGCGACGACAUGUUCCUCGCGUCGACGGAGCAGCUGCUCGACCAGAACCUGCAGCUGUUUGGCCUCACGGGCGACGACAACGACCUGGCGGCGGCCAAGAAGAGCCACGAGCCGCCGGCCCCCACGCACGGCCUCGUCAUCGACGGCUUCACCCUGCGGUGGGCGCUCCACGACCAGCUCAAGCAAAAGUUUUUGAUCCUCUGCAAGCAGUGCAAGUCGGUCCUGUGCUGCCGCGUCAGCCCCGCGCAAAAGGCCGCCGUCGUCGCCAUGGUCAAGAACGGCCUGGACGUCAUGACGCUGUCCAUCGGCGACGGCGCCAACGACGUGGCCAUGAUCCAGGAGGCCGACGUCGGCGUGGGCAUCGCGGGCGUCGAGGGCCGCCAGGCGGCCAUGUCGUCCGACUACGCCAUCGCGCAGUUCCGCUUCCUGCAGCGGCUGGUGCUGGUCCACGGCCGGUGGUCGUACCGCCGGCUGGCCGAGAGCAUCAGCAACUUCUUCUACAAGAACAUGGUCUGGACGUUUAGCAUCUUUUGGUUCGAGAUCUUUUGCGACUUUGACAUUACGUACCUGUUCGACUACACCUACAUUCUCAUGUUCAACCUCUUCUUCACCUCGGUGCCCGUCGGCAUCAUGGGCGUGCUGGACCAGGACGUGUCGGACAAGGUGUCGCUGGCCGUGCCGGAGCUGUAUCGCCGCGGCAUCGAGCGGCUGGAGUGGACACAGCGCAAGUUUUGGCUCUACAUGAUUGACGGCGUGUACCAGUCCGUCAUGGUCUUCUUCAUCCCCUACCUGCUCUUCAUCCCCUCGAGGCCGGUGACGUUCAACGGCCUGGGCGUCGAGGACAGGCUGCGCUUCGGCGCCUACAUUGCGCACCCGGCCGUGUUGACCAUCAACGGAUACAUCCUGAUCAACACGUAUCGGUGGGACUGGAUCAUGCUGCUCAUCGUGGCCAUUAGCGACCUGUUCAUCUUCUUCUGGACGGGCGUGUACACGUCGUUUACGUCGUCGGGCAUGUUCUACCACACGGCGGCGCAGGUGUACGGCGAGGCGUCGUUCUGGGCCGUCUUCUUCAUCGUGCCCGUCAUCUGCCUGUUCCCGCGCUUCGCCAUCAAGGCGCUCCAGAAGGUGUACUGGCCGUACGACGUCGACAUCAUCCGGGAGCAGGAGAAGAUGGGAAAGUUUGCGCACCUGAUGAGCAAGGACGCGUCGGACAAGAUGACGGGGGCGGCGGCGCAGGGCAGCGACGCCAAGAGCCAACAGUCGUCGGACAGCUCCAAGAAGCCGCCAAAGCACGUGGCGUACGGGAGCGUGGACGAGGACCUGCGGCCCAUCUACCCGCCGUCGACGGCGACGCGGACGACGACGCACAACCGGACGCAAAACGGCAGCGACUCGACCAACUACACGGGCAACCGGGCGUCGCUCGACAUGGCGCCCGUGCAGCGCACGUCGCUGGACGUGCCGGCGGCGCACGGGCGGCCGUCGAUGGAGAGGGCGCGUCCGUCGUACGACCGGAUGCGCAUGUCCAUGGACCGGGUGCGCGCCAGCUACGAGGCCAGCAGCGACUUCACGUCGGCGGCGCGGCUGUCUCGCAUCGAGUCGAGCGCCAGCCAGCAACAGCACCAGCACGGGGCCGGGCGGCUCCGCGCCAGGCUGCGCGGGCUGUCGCUGACCAAGAGUGCCAAUAACUAGAGGUUAUCGCAGCACCGCUCGUCGCGAUCGAGCGACUGAGGUCGCACAGCCUCCUCCCCCGACUGUACAUGAUCAUCAUCACCAUCACCAUCACCACCACUACAUGCGGCCUCUUCUUUCCCUUGUUCUCGUUUCCGCUUGCCGGGGCGCUUCGUCAAUUAUAUUUCGACAGCCCGCUCGCGCGCGGGCGGCAUUUCAUGCUUGGACGAUCUGCAUGAGCAAUCUAUGAUAUGGGCCGCCGUGUCGGCGGUUCGCUCUGCACGACGGCUGCGCGCCAGACGCUACACCACCACGCAUGCACAACUGCACGCAAAACGCAUCUUACCACAUCCGACCACCGUCGUCAUGGCAUGGCAAUAAAAAGAAGUCUCUUUCCCCCCUUUCAUUUUGUGUUUUUCGUGGGGGUUUUGUUCCUUCCCUUAAUCGGGGAACGGGUUGUCUUUUGCAAGGCGUUCUAAGGGCUGAGGCAUGGGAGACGGCCGGUUUCUGGCCCGGCGACAUUGUAGUGUUUAGUCCCCUUUACACCCUGUUUAGAGCUGAUGAGGCGGGAGAGACGCUGCUUCCCGGUGCCCCGGGCGUGGGCGAUGCCGGGCCGCGGCGGAGGGGAAGGCGGGCGCGCUCGGGGGCACGAAGUGGCUCGACCCUGGAUAGGGGAAUAUGAAAUAUUCUAGUAGCCUUGAUUUUGGAGAACAAGACGAG